CGGCCCCCGUUUAGACCCCUUUCCCCUGAUUCCCCCUCCUUCCCAGUUCCCACUCUCAGUCUCCAUCACAAUUAAUUACAAUUGCUUCGCUUGUACUGAAAUCUUUGGUUCAAUCUGUUGGCUAGCUAGCUAACUUGCGGAGAAGAAUGAAGAUCUUCAACUGGGUGCACCGGAAAUUUCAUCAUAACGUGGAUUUCUAUACGGUUCCUCAUAAAAAAGAUGCCUUUGGAGAUUUCGGUCACAAUACGAAAAAGACCGAAGUCGUUACGUACGAGAACGAUACGGAAGCUUUACUCGAACACGUCAACUUGGUGGACGUACUUGAGGGCUGGAAAGAUGGUUUACUAUCAAUCGGCACAUUGGGCUUCGAUCCCUUAAAACGCUCAAACCAACCAAACGAAUAUUCCGUCGACCAUAUACAAGUAGAAUAUUCCAUGAUGGAAGAAGAAGAAGAGGAUGCUGAUGAAGAGGAAGACGCAGAGAACGAAGGAGAACUAAACCCAUUGGUCGUUAAAGCCUUCAAACGAGAAUUCGAGAAGGUUUUGGGUUCUUAUACAGACUCCAACUCUCAGAAAAGUGAUGUACUAAGAGCCGAUAUUGAUGAUACCCCGCUCAUUCGUUUUCUCGAGUCUCCUGAGAUAAGAAACGCAUGUGACAAUUCCGAAAGCGAUAAGAAGAAGAGAACGACACUUGCAGAUCUGUUCUCAGCCGAUCGUGAAGUCCCUCGAAAGUUAGAUUCCACCGAGGUUCCUCCAGACUCCGGUAAGAAAACAUUGGAAUGCCGUACAAAACAUGGUGUCUCGCUUGCUAAGAAGUUACUGCCUCGCAAGGGAGAAGAUUCCCGUCCAAUCACAAAACUACAACGAUUGAUGAAGAGGAUGUUGAAAAGGAAGAUCCAUCCAGAGCUGGGAGACAAGAUCGAUGGAGUGAAUGGUCCGAUUGAUGCCUCGAAGACAGAGAUUGGUAACAAUGUAGUUAAUCACAGUUGGGGAGGUGGUGAUGCAGCCAUUGAAAUGGUUUCUCUGCUUCAAGGUACAAACGUUGCUAAUGAGAUCUUGAGGGUGAGGAAACGGUCGGAUUUCGAUAACCCAGUCCCAGCUCCCUAACUGCUGGCACUCGGCUGUGAUCUUUAUCUAUCACCGAAUUUAUUAUAUUAUUUCUUUGAGAGAUAUCAAUUGUGGAACCAUCUAUUAAAGGCCUUAUUAUGUACUAUUCUCCCAUGUGAGCCGUGUGGUCUUUUCUCCUUAUCGUGUCCUUGUUUGGUUGUGUUUAAUUUAAAGGACUUUGAUUUCUUAUGCUGUGAACUUGAAAUAUCAUUUGUCUAGUUAUUGCUGUCUUAACCACUCCAGUCCACUUGGACAAUUCGAUGUUAAAAUUAAAUGUGGCCCCCAAACUUUUAACUCCAUACUCCUAUGCCUGCCUCAGAGUCCAUCCUCAAAAAGAAAUACAACUACAAAACUUCAAAGCAA